GCUACUCUCACACUCUUCUUUUUUGUUAGUUACAAAUUACAAUGGCACAUUCUCUUUCAUUCUUUUUUUUAUUAUUAAUCUUCACUCUUUCAAUCACUUCGGAAGCUGCACCUUCCAUCGGAAUCAACUAUGGCAGGGUGGCUAACGAUCUACCACCGCCUUCCAAGGUCGUGCAGCUUCUCAAGUCACAGGGAAUAACACGUGUCAAGCUCUACGACACCGACGCCACGGUCCUCUCGGCCCUCUCCAACACCGGAAUCAAGGUGGUUGUAGCCAUGCCUAACGAGCUUCUCUCCUCCACCGCCGGAGACCAGUCCUUCGCCGAUAACUGGGUGAAGGCCAACAUCUCAGCCUACCACCCUGCCACACAAAUCGAAGCCAUUGCCGUCGGAAACGAAGUCUUCGUGGACCCUAACAACACCACCAACUACCUCGUUCCCGCCAUGAACAACGUCUACAACUCCCUCAAGAAACUCAACCUCCACAACGACAUCAAAAUCUCAUCCCCGAUCGCACUCUCCGCUCUCUCCUCCUCAUACCCUACCUCCUCCGGUUCGUUCAAAUCAGACCUGGUCGAACCGGUCAUCAAGCCAAUGCUCGAGUUUCUCAGAAAAACCGGAUCCUACUUAAUGGUGAACGCGUACCCUUUCUUCGCGUACGCUGCUAACAGCGAUAAAAUCAAUCUCAGUUACGCGCUCUUCGAGAACAAUCCAGGGGUGGUUGAUUCCGGUAACGGUUUCAAGUAUAACAGUUUGUUCGACGCGCAAGUCGAUGCGGUGAAUGCUGCCACGUCAGCACUCCAAUACGGCGACGUAAAGAUUGUCGUUUCAGAAACGGGUUGGCCUUCCAAAGGGGAUUCCAAUGAGAUUGGAGCGAGUGAAGCCAAUGCGGCGUCGUAUAAUGGAAAUCUCGUUAAGCGUGUUUUGAAUGGGAGUGGGACCCCCUUAAGGCCCAAUGACCCACUUACCGUUUUUCUAUUCGCGCUUUUUAACGAGAACCAGAAGCCCGGGCCUACUUCCGAGAGGAAUUACGGCCUUUUUUAUCCAACCGAGCAGAAGGUUUAUGAUAUUCCUCUUACCGUGGCGGAGGUGGCGGCGGCGCCGUCGUCUGAGGUCGGGAAGAGUCUGGUGCCGACGAAGGGAGGCACGUGGUGUGUGGCGAACGGUGGUGCUGGGGCGGAGAAGCUUCAGGCGGCGCUUGAUUAUGCUUGUGGAGAGGGUGGUGCUGAUUGCGCUCCGAUUCAGAAGGGUGCCACGUGUUACGAUCCUAACACGUUGGAGGCGCACGCUUCGUAUGCUUUUAACAGUUACUAUCAGAAGAUGUCACGUGGCUCUGGCACGUGCGAUUUUGGCGGUGCUGCUUAUGUUGUUACGCAACCUCCUAGAUUUGGGAAGUGUGAAUUCCCCACUGGAUACUGAAGACGAAGAAUGGAGUUGGAUUAUUAGGUUAAGAUGAUUAGAUUUAUUAUUAUUAGGCAUUUAUUUUUGUAGGUCACUUGUUCUUUUCCACGGUAGCGUUGGGUUUUGGUGGCUGAGAAACUUGCGUUACUACUUUGAUAGCUUUGUUAUUUUUUCUUUGUAUUUAUGAAUAAAUAUUCAUGAGUAGUUCGGAGGAUUAUCUGUUUCGUUGACUCCAUUAUCAUUUGUUUGUAAUUAUCUGCUAUCUAAAUUUAUUAUUUAAUUAAUGGGAUAUCAUAGAAUACAUUUCAUUCA